AUGUCCCUCUCACAGUUAUCUCCAUGGAACAUUCCACCUGAGCUCCUUCAGGCGAUCUCAAAAUAUGCCACACCAACCGGGAUCGCCGACUAUACGGCCUUGGCUAUCCUUCUCGGGACAGGAGCGACCUGCCUCUCGCGAGGGCUCCUGUGGGAUAAGCCCGACCCGUACCACCAUCUCGCCUUCGAAAAACCUCAACUAAAGGAUGGCGGCCUGGUUGGAGCGAAUGCCAACAAGGAAACCAGGAAUAUCGCGCAGAGAAUGGAGGAGACUGGGAAGAACAUCGUCGUCUUUUGGGGGUCGCAGUCCGGUACAGCCGAACGGUUUGCCCAUCGACUAGCCAGGGAGAUCUUUAUUCGCUGGGGCCAGGAGACCAUGACGGCAGAUCUUUCAGACUAUGACCCUGCUACCAUCUCGGAGAUCCCCGACUCGAAGUUGGCUAUCUGGAUCGUCUCGACCUACGGCGAGGGCGACCCCAGUGAUAACACCGCUGAUUUCUGGAAUUGGAUCACUAAGACCGACGGCGUUUCACUGUCCAAUCUCCGAUAUGCGGCGUUGGGUCUGGGCAACUCCAACUACAAAUUUUACAACCGCGUUAUCGAUGUCAUUGUCGAGGGUCUGGAGAAAUCUGGAGCUAUGUCUCUGAUGCCGAUCGGCAAAGCAAAUGAUGCAGAGGGCGCCACUGAGGAAGAUUUCAUGGCCUGGAAGGACCGCCUGUUCACUCUUUUCCGGGAACAGUUGGGGUUCCAAGAAGUUGAAGCUAAAUACAUUCCAAGCUUAAAGAUUGAGGAAGACACGUCAUUGGAGCCCAUCGAUCUACACCAUGGAGAGCCCAACUCCCAUGUCGAUGCGCCCAAGAUAGCGGCUCAGUCUUCACCUGUUCGGACAUUGAGCAUCUCCAGCUCCAGAGAACUCUUUACUGCAUCAGAUCGAAACUGUCUGCACAUGGACUUGGACUUGACUAGUCAGCCAGAGUUGACUUAUAAGACUGGUGAUCACCUUGCUAUCUGGCCCGGAAACCCCGACGCCGAGGUUGAGCUUCUGCUUCAAGUGCUCGGCAUCUCGUCGCCACGCGAUGUUCCUAUUAUCAUCAAGUCUGUUGACGCUUCCACCAAGAUUACUAUUCCGACUCCGACGAGUGUCCAUGCUCUCUUCCGCUAUUACCUUGAGAUCUGUGCUCCGGUCAACCGCGACAACGUGCGGGACCUCGCUCAAUUUGCGCCCACACCGGACGCAAAGGCCAAUCUGACCAACCUGGGACAGGAUCGGGAUGUCUACGCCGACUUCAUCAAUCGCACACAUCUCACUCUUGGCCGCCUAUUGCAGCUUGCAUGCCCCAACCAGGCGUGGUCUGACCUCCCACUUGCAUACCUCGUAGAGACGAUGCCUCACAUGCGUCCCCGCUAUUAUUCAAUCUCAUCCAGCAGCGUUGUCUCACCUCGGAAACCCUCCAUCACCGCCAUUGUCUCAACAGCUCCUCUCCCAGAUAACCCCGACGAGCUCGUGCACGGCGUCACGUCCAACUACCUUCUUGCCAUUUCCCAACAGUCGCGCUCUCAGCCUCACCCCUACGGAAUUACAUAUCAUCUCAAUGGCCCCAGUGAGGCCCUCGCGGGCGGCAAAGUAUUUGCCCACAUUCGCCGCAGCAAGUUCAAAUUGCCCAUCACGAGUAAAACGCCCUUGAUCAUGGUGGGCGCCGGUACCGGCCUAGCUCCCUUCCGCGCAUUCCUGUCAGAGCGAUGCCAAGUCCAGAAAAUUGGAAAGGAGGUUGGUCAGAUGAUCCUGUUCUUUGGAUGCCGUCAAUUCAAUGAGGAUUUCAUAUACCGGCAGGAGCUGGAGGAGAUGCAGAGUGUUCUCGGCGAGAAGUUGCGCCUGGUGACGGCAUUCUCUCGAGAGAAGGGUACACCACGCAGAUAUGUGCAAGAUCGUAUUGCAGAGCUUGGUGAUGAUAUCGUCCAGCUUAUUGAUGAGGGCGGCAGUUUCUAUGUUUGUGGAAGGGCAGGGAUGGCCCGUGAGGUAUGGAAGGCCGUUGGUGCUGCGAUGAAGACAGCAAAGGGCUGGUCAGAUGAUGAGGUGAAUAACUGGAGCAAGGCCGUGAAAAGGAAGAACAAGUGGCAGGAAGAUGUUUGGGGCUAA